AAAACUUGUGGUCAAUGAUGUUGGAGGAUGAGUCCGUGAACGUCGACAUCAACGAGGCCUUUGAAAAAAUUUUACUUGCCGAGGAUUUGGCUGAGCAGACAGCGUACAAAGAAGGAUUUGAUUCCGGGAAAAGGCAGAUGCUUCAAGGUUAUCAUCUUGGGUACCACAGGGCCAGCUCGAUUGCAGCUCAGUUGGGAUACUACCUGGGAAUUUUACUGUACAUUAAACAAUUUGUUACUAAUAUUCCAAAAAUCUCUCAACAGACGAGCAACUUGAUACGUCAGAUACAGACGUUUCCUAGUCAUAAUGACGACAAGCUUGAUAUAGCUGCUGAGUUUGAAAGUAUAAAACUUCAUGUGAAGAAAAUAUGUUCGUUAGCUAAAAUUGAUCCAAAGUACCCUGAAUGCGAUCAAACGGACUUUUGAAUUUUGUCUCUCCAGCUCAUUGUAUAUUAGAGAAUACCAUACUGCGCA